AUGAUACAAAGCAAGUUAUUCAGGGCAGCGUAAUUGAAUGCAGAGAAGAAAACAUAUUUGCAUGAUUGCAAGCCUAUUAUUUGUGAUAAAAGCUAGAUUAUCUCUUAUUGGGAAUCACUUUCUUUGCAUGAAAAGGAGAAAAUAUUCAUGGUAUAUGACCUCAACAUUAUAGAUGAGCUUGUCGAAAUUCUCAACAUAGCCAGGACUAGAAUAGCUUCCACUGAAUUUGAGCGAAAGAGUGGAUAGAUCAUAAAAAUGCCAGAGAAAACUAUUUUACUUGAGUACCUUUACUUCGAUGCACUGGAAAUAUAUUUUAAAGAAGAGUUCUUAACCAAAAAGUUUAUAAAGUCUCUUUGUCUUAUAUUUAACAAGGUCACCAAUGAUGUUUAUCAGAAAUACCUCGAGGAUUUAAACAUACCUCAGUGUACUGACUCUAGUCUUAUUUAAGCAAAGAAGAAAGUUCUUAAAUUUAAAAUAAAAUCUCUAAUAUCUUUAUUAGACAUAUUAGAUGUAUUUGUUGACUCUUUUUGUAAUGGAGAAAAGGUCAUAAUCAAAAAGCGUCACUAUACUACUUUAUAUCAAUAAUUAGUAAAGAACCCACUAACUAAAAACCCUUCAAGUGACGAAAUACGCUAGAAAAUAAGAGAAAUCACUGAACUUUUAAGCAUCAUGCUUGAAAAUAAUUUGAUAAAAGCUUACAAAAAGGCAACAAAAUAUUACUCUAAACCCAAAAAAGAACAGCAAUAUAAAAACUAAUCUUCUUCUAGUUCGGCCAAAGUGAGCAUUAUUAUUUAGCACCAAACAAAUGUGACAAAUUCUAAUUAGCUUAAUUCAUAAACAGAAAAAGUAAAAAUAGAAGGUAACAAAGAGAAUAAUAGCAGUCUUAAUAUCACUGAAAAUUAAACAACUAAAGAAGAAUUAUUAUAAAGUAAAAAAACUUAGUAAUAAAUUACACCAAAUCGUAAUUUGUAAGAAAUUAAUGCUGAAAAGGAAGAGAAAGCUGCUAUUGAUCAAAUAAAAACUGAUGAAUAAUUAGAAGUAGUGGAUAAAAAUUAAUCAGAAACCAUAUUAGUUGAGUAAAAUAAUUAAACCAAAUAGCAAAGCAGCAAUCCAAUUCAAAAGGUUUCCGUAUAAGAAACCUAAGAGGUUUAUUCUAGCAAUUAACUUGAACAAGAAGAUAUUGGUCACUAAAAUUUAAAAGAAGAGUCCAAAAAAGAGUUAUUAAGUGAAGUUGAGAAUUAGAUGACAGGAGUAAAUGUUUUAUCUGAAAGCAAUAUGAACAGUACUGCUCAUGAACUUAGUACAAAAAAUGAUAUUACUAAUUUAACAGAAGAAAAAUAAACUUUAGCAAGCAAUAGUAAGAAUGGUGCAAGUGAAAUAAAAGAUGAAAUUAUUGAUAAUAUUAAUAUUUAAAAUAAGAAAUCUUAAGAUUAUUAAAAUAUUUCAUUAAACGAUAUAAUAAAUAAACAGAAAAAUGAAUGUAUGAUGGAAAUAGAAAAUUAUGAUAUCUAUCAACUAGAAGACGAAGAAGAUAAAUACUCAUUUAGCAGUAAUAAGAAAAUCAACAAAGUUUUUCAAGAAGAUGGAUUUUACCAUAAUUUAAAUGACAACAAAAUAGGGUCUCUCUCUAGCUCUCCUCAAUUUGCUAAGCUAUCCUAGGAUGAAAUUGACCAAGAUAAUUCUGAUUAUAAAAAAGGCUCAUAAAAGAAAAGAAAUAUUAAAAAAUACCUCUAGAGUGAAGUAGAACCUAUAAGCAAGAAAUUAUGCAUGGUAAACCUAAAUAGCUUGAUAAUAAAACUUGAGAACGAUGGGAACAAUGAAUAAUCAUCUAUCUUUGACAGUGAUGAAGAAUACUAUGAACCAGAUGAAAAAGAGAAUUUCCACUACAAUUAAGAGCUAAAAGACUAUGAUAUUGUUGAUGUACUAGGCGAUAACUUUAAGUUUGAUCCUAAAUUCUGCUUAAGCAAAGAUAAAAUUAAUUAAUUGCUUCUUUAGUCUCAAUAAUAACAACAAUAAUUCUUUACUCACAAUACUAUUGCUCCAAAUAUCUAAAUCUAGUAAUAAUAGCCUGCUAUUUCUUCUUCAGGGAAAAAAUAAUUGAACCAAAAUUACGACUAUUAAAAAAGCAUAUAUUCAGACGAUUCUAAUGAUGAGUCUCAACAUAAUGACAAUUUCAACAAUAAAGGUAAAUACUACGGGCACAAUAAUUAACACAAAGGAAGAUAAUAGCCCUAGUAAAAUUACUUAAUGCAAGACCAAAUGAAUCACAUGAUGCACAAUUUUCCAUUUUAGAUGCAUACAAAUUAAUACCCUCAGAUGCCUUUAUACUUUAUAUUCAAUCAAAAUAUGAUGAACCCCUAAUAGUAAAUACCUUAGUAAAAUAAUAAAUAUAAAAGUUCAAAUAAGCAUCCAAGAAAUGCAAAUAACAACAGUAAUUCUAAUUCAAUGAGUAAUUAAAGUAAUAGUAAUAAUCAUGUAAUCCAUACCAAUCCAAACAAUCUAGUCAGCUCUAAUAGAAAGAAUAAUUAACAAAGCAGUGAUUAUCAUGGAAACCAAUUAAUUAACAAUAAUAUCAACCAUACUUAAAAUCCUAACAGCGGAUAGUAUAUAUUCUCAAAUAAGGGCCAGAGAAACAAUAAUAAUUCUAAUAGUAACACCAAUUAAUAAUCUCAUUCAACUCACAAUAGCAACAGUGGUUAAGGAUUUAGAAGCAAAAAGAGAUUUAAUACAAAAGGAAAUAAUUAAUGA